GAUGCAUCUCCAGCCAGGCCCAGGCCUCUCCCCUCUCCCCCCAGCUCUUCCCUUACCCGACUCUGGGCCUCCUGUGAGCCCGAUUUAACGGAAACUGGGUGGUGAGAAGUUCCUUGUGACACACUAAUCCCAACCUGCUGACUGGACCACGCCUCCAGUGGAGCCUACCUUCAGAGUUCCAGGACAAUCCAGGUACCAGGUGGCCCCAAGGAGGAGCUGCUGACCUGGUAGGGAACAACGAGGACUUGGGUUAAAUAACAACAGCCUACAAGUGGAAGAGGCAGAAUUUGAACCCAGAUCUGACUUUUGAGCUGCACCAGUCUUCCUCUAGGUACUGACAGGAAGUCACAACUUGGCCCUGACUUCUUCUCCUAGGGAAGGGGACACCUAGAGAGGCCAGGACAGAGGAAGCAGGCACUUCUUUACCCAAGGACUUAAGAGUCUUCCAGAGACAGUAUGUCAGAGGGGGUGGGCACAUACCGUGUGGUCCCCGAAGAGGAACAGGAGCUCCGUGCCCAACUGGAGCAGCUCACAACCAAGGACCAUGGGCCUGUCUUUGGCCAAUGCAGCCAACUGCCCCGCCACACCUUGCAAAAGGCCAAAGAUGAGCUGAAUGAAAGGGAGGAGACUCGCGAGGAGGCUGUGCGAGAGCUGCAGGAGCUGGUGCAGACGCAGGCGGCUUCUGGGGAGGAGCUGGCUCUGGCUGUGGCUGAAAGGGUGCGGGAAAAGGACAGUGCCUUCUUCCUGCGCUUCAUCCGUGCGCGGAAAUUCAACGUGAGCCGAGCCUAUGAGCUGCUCAGAGGCUAUGUGAACUUCCGGCUGCAGUACCCUGAGCUCUUUGAUAGCCUGUGCCUGGAGGCUGUCCGCUGCACCAUUGAGGCUGGCUACCCUGGUGUCCUCUCCAGUCGGGACAAGUAUGGCCGAGUGGUCGUGGUCUUCAACAUUGAGAACUGGCAAAGUCAUGAAAUCACCUUUGACGAGAUCUUGCAGGCCUAUUGCUUCAUCCUAGAGAAGCUACUGGAGAAUGAGGAAACUCAGAUUAAUGGCUUCUGCAUCAUUGAGAACUUCAAGGGCUUUACCAUGCAGCAGGCUUCUGGGCUCCGGACUUCUGAUCUCAAGAAGAUGGUGGACAUGCUCCAGGAUUCCUUCCCAGCCCGGUUCAAAGCCAUCCACUUCAUCCACCAGCCAUGGUACUUCACCACGACCUAUAAUGUGGUCAAACCCUUCCUGAAGAGCAAGCUGCUCCAGAGGGUCUUUGUCCAUGGGGAUGACCUCUCUGACUUCUUCCAGGAGAUUGAUGAGAACAUCCUGCCCUCUGACUUUGGGGGCACGCUGCCCAAAUAUGAUGGCAAAGUUGUUGCCAACCAGCUCUUUGGGCCCCGGGUCCAAGCUGAGGACACAGCCUUCUGAGGACAUCUCCUGCCAUCUGAACUGUAGUUAGCGUCCCUCAGCCUCCCCUUAGUUGUCCUGGUCUGUGGCUGGAAAAGGGCUGCCUGAACAGACUAUGCAUCCCCUAAGCAUCCGUGAGGUCAGGUGUCACCUUCUGUCCAAGUCGGGAGAGCGGUAUAGAAGGGGAAAUUCUCAUGAACAAGAAGAAUCGGGGGCAGUUAUAUUCCCACCUGCCCUUAAUGCUUUAGGAGGGUGACUUUUGUGUGAGUUUGUAUCUUAUAGACUUUAACUAGGCUUCUCAAUUUCCUUUGCACCAGAGUUUUGCUACUUGGGGUUUACAAAAACAGGCAAAGAGGCUGAAUUAAAAGUCUUGUCCCCAAAAUACAAUAAAUAGGAUAUAAAAGUGGGAGGA